UUUGUUGCACUUGGCUGCUGUGAAGUGGCCGCUCGCGAUCUGAACCCAAAUCGCGUACUGUAAUUAUCGGCAACUUAAUGGUCGGAAGAAUGUGAAGAAUUCGGUUCUUAAAAGUUAGAGUGCAAGUGCAGCAAGGAGUCCAGACAAGACGUGCCAACUUUCCAGGCGAGCAUAAUAGAUGACAGAAAUGAAUGCGGAUGAGACAAAGACGGCUGGAAUGCCAGCGGCAGCAAAGGAGGCGGAGGAGGAGGUAGCAGGUCCUGAAGAUGGAGAUCCGGAAACCAGAAUAGUGGCUCCUCCGCCCAGACAGCGGACUCUAACACGCACGGCCGAAAUGGAGGCGGACUGCGAGGACAUCGAGCUGGAUGCCGACGUGGACGAUGCGGCGGAUAGCAUCACCUUGGAGUUGGCCCUGUCGCCACACAGCAGCACCACGCCCACUCCGUCGCCCACCACCGCCGACGAGGACUUCGCCCAGCUGGACAACAGCAAGCCCUUCAAGAUCAAGGACAUCACGAGGAAUAUCCGCAAGGCUGUUGUGGCCACCACGCUUUCGGAGUUGCGGGUAAAGGUGUCGGUGAAAUUUGAGCGAGCUCAGCCGGCGAUUCACCUGGAUUGCGAUGGCACCGAGGUCGAUGAUGAGGAGUACUUCAGCACUCUGGAGCCAAAUGCCGAAUUGAUUGCCGUCUUCCCCGGCGAGCAGUGGCGCGACCCCAGCGACUAUAAUGCCAAUCUGCGUCGCACAUCGCUGGAUGCUCAGCGGUUGCGGAAACUGGUGAGCAAACUGCAGCCGAACUAUAUGAACGAUGAUGAUUUGGACAAGCUGUCGAACAUGGAUCCCAACUCUUUGGUGGAUAUUACGGGACGGGAGCCCAAGGACAACGAAUACUCGGCGAGGAGCGACGUGGCCGCCAGGAUGUCGACGGAGUUGUCCUGCUAAGGGACUCAUUCCCUCAACGAACGAAUGUAGCUUAAGGACUGUGUGAAUCGAGUUGUAUAUAGGGAAUUUGUACGAGUUUAUAUGGCUAGCCGGAAUAUUUUUGGAAAACGUUUUGAUGACGGCACUUGAAGCGACCGAUUUGGAUGGUUGUACCGUGGGGUUUUAUCUUUAUAACCGUAGAUCUGAGAGUUGUGUAUUUUUCGAGCCCACAUUGUCGUAGAGCAACUCACCUUGAUUGUCUAUUAUCAGCCGCUAAUUGUUCCUAGACCAAUAGCCGUGUAUGAGCCAAAAACCUGGAGGGGGCCUCAAAGGCCGAUCUCCAGUCUUAGAUAACCUUACCCUCACCUCACUCAACGCCUCAACGGACGAUCAACGAAUUGCAGAAUAGAUCUUAUCUACGCAAAUAGAUAUAGUAUAUUUUCCAUAGCAGAAUCUUUGUGAAUGUCACGCAAAAACAGUUUGGGUUAUUAGGGAGCAACAAAAAUGUACUGUAAUUGAAUCUCAAUUAAAUCAAUUAGCAAUUCAAUAAAUGUUCACCCUAGGCACACAAAAAGGGUUUUUACCUUUUUUUGUAUUUAUGAUACAUCAAUGAACAAGCACAAUUUGCUGCACUAUAUAAAGGGUCAUAGAAGCCGGAAUUUAAUUCGAUUUAAAUUUACGUUGUGUCCACAGGAAUCAAUUGAAAAUUGUAAUUUGUAACUUAAAAAAAAAAAACAAAAUAAAAGAGGAAAUAAAUAAAUGGAUA